AUGACUUCAAAUAAUUCAAAUGGGCUCGAUCGAACUCAAACGAAUAAAGAAGAUGGACUAGCCCAACUGAGUCGCUCAGCAGACAAUACAAGAAGAAUUAAAAACGUCCAAGACAAAUUUGUGAAUAGUCAGAACUUGCAGAAAGAAGGCCGAGCCCUAGUUGGUGAAGGCAUUCUUAUGAAAGUAUGCCGGAAAAAGCCGAAGCAACGUGCUUUCUUUUUAUUCAAUGAUAUUCUUGUCUAUGGACGUGUUGUCAUCAGUGGACGUAGGUAUUCACAACAAAAGAUCAUUCCACUCAGUGAAAUCCAAAUUAGUGCUCCAAUCGAUUCGCCUGAAAACCCAUUUGCAUGGUUAAUUAGUAGUCCAAAGAAAUCAUUUGUUGUUCGAGCGAAUUCAGAUCGCGAACGACAAGAAUGGUUAACACAUCUCGAACGUUGUAUUCGUUAUGCUUCCGAGGGAAACAAUUCACACCAUAAUGCUGUCGCUGCACAUUGGAUACCUGAUGACAAAGCAGAUACAUGUAUGCAUUGUCAUACGUCGAAGUUUUCCGCUGUGAACCGUAAACAUCAUUGUCGAAAUUGUGGUAUUAUUGUUUGUGAUGGUUGUUCGAAGAAACGCUUUUUACUUUUACAUUUGGAUCCAAAACCAGUUCGAGUAUGUGACUCGUGUUUCACAAAAUUAAAUAGCAACACUAUUAUUGAUUCUCGAGCAAAUCAACGUGAUCGAACUGCUGAUAGUAGUGAUAGUGAUGGUGAUGAAAAUGCUCAACAAUACUCUCCCAUUCCGGCCACAUUCUAUCAAAACGUUGAAAACCUCUAA